AAUACACUCGUGCGUCGUGGUCACAACUUGAAUCCUUCUGGCGUCGCGAACUUGCACGUGGCAGCGUUUGGGCAAAAACCAUGUCAGCAUAACAAUAUGACAACAAAAUAUAAAUUCACAGAUUUAACCUUUGCAAAUAUAAAACAAAAUUGAAAUAUGAGUGAAUAUUUAAUGAACUUUAUCCAAACGAACAAAAAGUGUCAAUUUCAAACAUAAGUGAAUCCCCCGUUAAUAAAUUCCAAACUAAGAAAUAAAACAAACGAAAUGUAGCAAACGAAUCAAUUUUCAACAAAAGAAUCUAAUAAAAACGGAAGGCAGCGACGGCGACCAAAGCCAAUAAAAGUUUUACCCCGUGAAAAUCAAUUGAAAAUCGCUUUAAAACAUGAAAUGAAAUAUUUUUCGGUGCAGGAUAUAUAAAAAAUCAACAGAACGGUUUCCCAAAAGUAUAUACCAAUAAGUGAGUGCGUGUGCAAUUGUGUGAACACCUACAAAUGAAAUAAAAAAGGAAAUAACAAAUAAGGGGAGAAAAGGAUAUGCGAGCUUAAAGCAAAAGGACUUUCGACUGUCCCAUUUGACCGAGCCGGAGUCGAGGAUUAUUUUCGCCAGCGGAGAAAACAAUAAAACUGCCAAUAGUCAUAAAAGCAUCGGUUAUAUACAUGGAUGCGUGUAUAUAGAUCAGUGGCUUUAACAAGAUUCUAUAAAAAGAUGAAAUCCAGUCAGCUGGCAGCUAGUCUCGUUAACCCAGCCCAUCAGCACAGAUAGUCUAAAUGACCAGAAAGAAAUCGCGUCAAUCCAGAGCCACAUCGAAAUAGGUGAAGACAGUUCAACGAUAGCUCGGUCAGGUCGCGCAACUCGAAGCUCCACUGUGCCAGGAUGGGGGAAAGUCAGCUGCUGCUGUUGCUCCGGCUCCUGCUGCUUCCAACAGUCCUCCUUGGCUGGCUUCACUGUGCGCAAGCCUCCACGGCGGACAUCUACAAGGGCGCCCGCCUGGGCCACCGAAUCGUCCAGACGCGCUAUGGCCGCCUGCACGGACUCAUCCUGCCGCUGGACAGCUUCCGCUUCCUGCGCUCCGUGGAGGUCUUCCUCGGUGUGCCAUAUGCAACGCCUCCCACCAAACAAAAUCGGUUUAGUCCAACAAGAGCACCAGCGCCUUGGGACGGCAUUCGGAUAUCGGACAAGUACAGUCCCGUCUGUCCGCAGCGAAUGCCCAACAUCCAAAACGAGACGGCGGCGCUGGAGAAGAUGCCCAAGGGUCGGCUGGAGUACUUGAAGAGACUGCUGCCCUUUCUGGAGAACCAGUCCGAGGACUGCCUCUACCUGAAUGUCUUCUCGCCGGUCAACGCCGGAGCCAAUGAGAAGAAAUUGCCGGUGAUUGUGUUCAUACACGGCGAGUCCUUCGAGUGGAGCAGCGGAAAUCCUUACGACGGCAGUGUCCUGGCGAGCUACGGCGAGGUGGUGGUGGUGACACUCAACUACCGGUUGGGGAUAUUGGGUUUCCUCAACGCCAAUCCCAAUCCGCAUGCUCAUGCUAGAGUGGCCAACUAUGGGUUGAUGGAUCAGAUGGCCGCGCUUCAUUGGAUCCAGCAGAAUAUCCAAAAGUUCGGCGGGGAUCCCAACUCAGUGACCUUGGCGGGUCAUGGAACGGGUGCAGCCUGUAUAAACUACCUGAUGACCUCACCCACAAUGGUUCGAGGUCUCUUCCAUCGGGCUAUUCUCAUGUCUGGGUCUGCAUAUUCAUCCUGGGCAUUGGUUGAGGAUCCGGUUCUAUUCGCCAUCAAGCUGGCCAAGGAGGUGAACUGCACCAUUCCCGAGGACAUCAAUCGACACCACGAGCAGAUAGUUGACUGCCUAAGGGAUGUCCCACUCGAGGAUUUAUAUUCCGCUGAUAUUCAGGCUCCCAACUUUCUUACCUCCUUUGGGCCCUCGGUUGAUGGCGUUGUCAUACGACCCGGACAUUCCAAUCUCGAUAUCGAUGAUUUAAUGGCGCGCAACUCGAGGCGUUCGUCAGCGGACUCCGGCUUCCAGUCGUCCGCCGGCGGUGGUGGUGGUUCUGGAGGCGGUUCCGGUGGCGGGGGAGGUGGCUCCCCCUUUGGCGGUGGAUACUUUGGCGGCGGUGGUGCGGGAACGGCAAACAUGGGCGGUCACUAUGACGUCCUGUUUGGCGUCGUUACGGGCGAAUCGAUUUGGCGCUUCAGUGCUCAUGAUAUACAAAAUGGUUUCGAGGGCGAGAGACGCGACAAAAUUAUCCGCACCUACGUCCGCAAUGCCUACAAUUAUCACCUCAACGAGAUAUUCUAUACGAUCGUCAACGAGUACACGGAUUGGGAUCGCACCUCGCAGCACCCGAUCAACACGCGGGACACCGCCGUGGCCGCUCUCUCGGAUGCCCAGUUCGUGGCUCCAAUUGUCCGGGCAGGUGACAUCCUGGCAGCCAAUUCCCCGCCGCCUGUCAGCUCAUCCUCGCCUGCUGGCUCAUCGGGAGCAAAUGCAGCUGCCUCAACUUCGGCGGGGACCUCAACUCAGCCCUCCGGUCGCUGCUAUUUCUAUGUGUUCGAUUACCAGACGAAGGACGGCGACUAUCCCCAGAGGAUGGGCACCGUGCACGGCGAGGACUUGCCCUACAUUUUCGGAGCCCCACUGGUCGAUGGUUUCAGCCACUUUCCGCAGAACUACACCAAAUCGGAAACGGCUCUGUCCGAGGCGGUGAUGAUAUUCUGGACCAACUUUGCACGCACCGGGAAUCCGAAUGAACAUCAUCGGCAGGACUCGUCGCUGCCGGUUUCAAAGGAGCGCAACCGCUUCCGCAGCAUCACCUGGGAAAAUUAUGAUCCGCUGCACCAAAAGUAUUUGGAAAUAGGAAUGAAGCCGCGCAUUAAGAAUCACUUUCGGGCCCAUCAACUCUCGAUUUGGCUGCGCCUGAUACCGGAGCUCCAUCGCGCCGGGAUGGAGGAUGUGAUAGCCCGGCACAAUCUGUUCCGCAAUCACGACGAUAUGGACCUGUACGAGGGACCCGUUAAACCGGAUCCGUUUGGCAUAUCGACAGCAGCCGCCGCCGGAGCGGCCGGCUCCUCAUCCUCCUCAUCGUCGUCGUCGUCGUCAUCGCGACUCCUGCUCAUCGAUGAGCAAUUGAUGAUGAAGAAGGGUCGUGGACUGAACGCCUCCGCCUAUUUGAACGGGAUAUUGGGCGUUACCACCGUGGAGCCGAACAACAUGUACACCACCUGCAUUCCCAUCGGAGGAAAUUACUCCGGUGGAGGAGGUGUCUUCGCUCCCACAACUCUGGCAAAUGCCUCCUCGGAUACUUUGGCCUCUGGCUUUGAGGCGGCAGGCUACGCGGCAUAUUCGACGGCCCUCAGCGUCACGAUUGCCAUUGGCUGCAGCCUGCUCAUACUUAAUGUCCUGAUUUUCGCCGGCGUCUACUAUCAGCGGGACAAGACGCGACUGGAGGUGAAGACCCUGCAGAAGCAGUACCAGCAGCGCAGCCUGCACCAGCAGGUCCUACCCCCGGAGCCCAUCAAGCACGCCCACUACCACAUGGGUCACUCGCAGAGCUCGGCCAACGUCAUCGUGGACGUGGAGAGCCAUCAGGACCAGGCCGGCCAGGCGGCGAUGCUCCUCCAGGCUGCGGCGGCCGCGGCUGCAGCGGCGGCCAACGACGUCAAGCCACCGCCACCGCACAUCUGCUCCAACACAGGUAUGCAGCAGCAGGUGGGCGGUGGCAGCGGCGGCGCCCUCAACAACGGCGGGAUCGAGGGGUCAAAGGUGACCACAGACAGCCUGGGCAACGUCACCUACAGCACCAGUGCCAAGCAGCAGCAGCAGCAACAGCAGCAGCAGCAACAUCAGCAGCAGCAGCAGCAGCAAAGGGAGCACAUGCAAAUCAAGGGAAUGACCGGCACGCAAACCUUCGGAAGAGGCGGCUCCGGGUCAGCGGGGGGCGGGGCCGGUGGGGGCGGGGGUUCCGUUUCCGGUGGCGCCUCCGUGGUGGUCUCCGGCAGCAGUGUGAGCUACAAUCCCGGCAUGAUGACGCUGCCCAAGUCGGGCGGACUCCAUCACGCGGCCACUUUGAAUUACGCUCGCAACACGGCCGCCUUGAAUUUGGCGGGCGGCGGCACCGCCCUCGUCGACAGUCGCGGCAAUGUCCUGCUCACCAGCACCGCAGUGGGUCCUGGCCUGGGAGGUGGUGCUGGUGGUGGUGGUGGUGGCGGCGGCGUCGGAGGAGGAGGUGGAUCCACCGGCAGUGACUGCAUGACCCUGCCACGCAAUCUUAGUCUGGCGGCCGCAGGACGACACAAUCCCACGACAGAACUGCAGCAAUAUCAACAGCAGUCGAGCAAACAUCAGGCAAAUGGAGCUGUCCUCAGUGGCAUGCCGUCGCAUCACAUACGCGGACCACGCCCACCGCUGCGCACCGCCUCCUCGACGACAACGAACAGCAGCAGCAAUAACUCGGCGAUGGGCGUGGCCGUGGGCGGGGGCGGCGGCGGCAGCGGCGGCAACAUGCUGCUGGACCAAACGCCAUCCGGCGGCAGCAGCAGCAGCGGCGUGAGCAGUGCGCCGAGCUCCUCGAAGGGCCACCACACCCACUCGCACUCCCACGCCGCCCACCUGGUCCACUCGCACGGCGACGGGCUGGUCCUGACCUCCGCCUCCCCAGUGGGCGGCCAGCAGCAGCAUCCGCAGCAGCAUCAGCACUCGCAGCAGCAGCAACAGCAGCAGGUGCCGCAGGCGGCGAUGGACGAGAUGCGCGAGUUCUAUGCACCGAAGCAGGCGGAUGACGACGGCCAACUCAAUGGGACACCAGCAGAUGCCGAGGCAGCGGGAAGGGCGGAGCGGGGAGGAGGAGGAGGCGGAGCAGCCACGCCCACCUCCGCCGGUGACCACAAGCAGCGGCAGCUAAAGAAGCUGCGCUUCAAGCGGGAGAUCCACGCACUGGCCCUCGAAGGAGGCGAUGUGGCGCGGGGCUACUGCUCCUGCGACGAGCAGUGGACCAACUCCUCCUCGCCGACGUCCACCACCACGUCGGCCACCAUGUCGCCCACGCUGCCGGCGGCCGGAAACGCCAGCGGCGGACGCCAUGCGACCGGAAACGGGCCGGGAAACUCGAGCGCCGGCAGCAGCGGCAUUGUCAAAAUGGCGGCGGCAACGGCAACGGCAACAGCGGGAAAGCGGAGCGGACGCCUCAAGCAGCAGCACCACGUGCGCUUCUCCGACGAGAAGAACUUCUCGGAUUGAGCGGGAAAACCAACUACUAGACUGCACCUAAUCUCUGUUUAGUCAUUAAAAACUCAAAAACAAAAAAGAAAACAAAUCAUCAGAAACCUAAAAACAAAAAGUUAUAUACGAAAAUCCGUAGAUAAAAGUAAUCAACUAAGAAGCCUGUAAAUAUAGUUCGGAAGUGUUAGUUAAAUAUCUGUGUUUAGUUGCUCGAUAGAUCUGUUGUGAAACCAUAUAUGCAUAUAUAUAAAUAUGUAUGAAUAUAAUCAAGUAAUCAAGUAAGUGUAGCACAAAUGCAUUUUUUCCAUUCAACAGCUAAUUGAAAGCAAAUAUUGAUGGAAAUUGUUGAUAACGGAAUUCGGUUGACGGCAUUGUAAAUAUUCUAGUCAAAAUAAACAUAAAAUGUGGUAUUAUUUACUUAAAGUAAAACAUGAAAAUGAAAUUCAAGAACACUAAACAUGAAAAAACACAGACAUGGCUCAAAAUAGAUUAGAUUAACGAAGAAAGUAAUGGGAUGCAUAAUUGAAAACAAAUAAAUAGUUAAUUAUUUAAAUUGAAUCUCCGAGGAUGAUAAAUAAUCAUGUGACGCUUUUUUUUACUGUGUACAAAGCCAAUCAAUGCACAAAAUAGAAUCAAUGAAUAAAUGCUUCAUUUAACAAGAAUUUCACAAAAAAAUUAAUUAUAAAAUACACAAAAAUUGUCACCUAAAUUCAAACAGUCAAAUGAGUUAUGAUACUUUUAAAUAAUCUGUUUAUUCGUUUAUUAAAACGAAAAAAAAGAAAAUCACUUUUGUACUUUACAUUCGCUAUUAUGUAAUCCAAUGUAAAAGUUACCUCAACCUAACAAAAACUGCCAAUAUAUAAAUUAAAUAAAUCUUUUUCUAGUUUUUCACACGAUUUCACACAUUUUUUGUUUUAUUUUUCUCGGUCUGCAUUUCAAACUCUUCCAUUUGAUAAUUCAAACACAUUAAGUUCACACCAAAAAGCGUCGCCAAAAACACAAAGUAUGAUAUUUGUAUUUGUAAGACUAAAUUUAUAAUCGUCUAGUUUACAAUAUAAAACCGAAAAUGAUUGCAGGAUAUGCAAAAAUCUAAUUUAAGGGAUUAAUAUGAAGUAAAGUUAAACUAAAUGAGAUAUAAACAAACCAUUAAACUAAAAACAAUAAAAACUAAAUAAAAUAAAUACUAAA